AUGCCCUCCCUCCAGGACUACCGCGUGCCUUACCCGGCAGCCGCGCCCGGCCAGGUGCGCAAGGUCAUCUACCUGCCGCAGCAGAACCCCACUGUCGAGCAGCAGCACCUGCGCGUGCAGAUCAUUCCCGGUCGCCACGAGAACUGCGAGGAUGGCCGCCUCUACAAGCUCACCGGUUCGGUGGUGGAGGAGACGCUGCAGGGCUGGGGCUACUCAUACUACGUCGUCACGCUCGGCGACAUGUACGCCGCCCAUCGCUCCUCGAGCGACCCGGAGCACGCGACGACCUUCGUGGCGCUCGAUGAGAGCCCGGUGAUCGCCUACAAUAGCCGGCUCCCCAUCGUCGUCUACGUGCCCGAGGGGGCGGAGGUGCGCUACCGCAUCUGGACCGAUGACGCUUCACUGGCACAGAGCGUUCAGCAGCAGCCUGAGGCCCCGGCCGUGCCUCAGCCACGCCUCGCCACGGUAACAGUGAGGCAGGAGUGCCCCCAGCGCGGCGCCCCCAGCGAGUACGUCACGCAGGCCUACAAAAGGCCGUCGCUGUCGGUGGAGGAGGUGCACCGCCCCUCGAGCAACAGACCGCCCUUGAUACCGUCGGCAGUGCACGAGUCCACCCACGAAGCACAUGCUGCGCCACCUCUCCACUCGGCAGAACUGGGGGAGCACGCCCGUCCGGCUAUGGAGAACUUGGAAGUGUGUCCUCAGAACAACAACCACGAGGGUCGCGAGCAGCCCGCGGAGAAGGCCUCGACUUUGAAGCGGCGCAGCAGCAGCUCGUCGAAUGCGCAAAAUCACAGCACUAACGAGUCGUCUCCGAGCCACCCCCGCCUGUCCUCCACGGAGUGCUGGGCGCAGGAGAGCCCAAAGACAAGGCGCUCUCCGUCCGCGACACAGAAGCCGCGCCGCAGCACCGACAGCGCCGCCAUCGAGGAGACCGGAGGCAGCGCCUCGAAGAAGAAUCGCAGCAGCAGCGGCAGCGCGCCCAACAAGAGUAAAGCCGGAGACGACGCCUACGAGAAGACGAUGAGGGACCUAUGGAACCGUGCCCGCAGCGACUCGCCACGGAAACCAUCUGCCUCGUCCAGAAGGAGCGGCAACGGCAGCAAGGCAGACCUGUAG